UGAGUCUCCUUGUACCCAUCAGACAACAGAAGUAUACAAAUGUGGAAUGAGCAAAAUACACCCAGUGUAGGAAGCAUCAUCAUACAAGAAAAUACCACCUUAAAAAUGAAGAAUUUUCUGUAGAAAAGCAAAAGCUAGCUUAUUGUUAAAUUUUCUUUUUCUCAACACAAAAUGUACUUAUAUAUUUAAAAAGCUAAAUAUAUGAUAUAAAUCAGUGGAAGAAUCAGAAAUCAUUCUUUUGGAAAACCUAAAAUUAAAACUUAGUGUUAACUACAAAUAUUUUUUAGAUGUUUUAAAUUAUUAACUAUGAUAUGACUUUUAACUUUGCUACGACUGAAUUCCAAGAAAUGACUAUGAUCUUCAGGUUCAACAAGUUAAGGGUUCUGUCUCUUGAAAAUAAAUGUUCAUUAAUUCAUUUUAAAAAUUGUAUAGCUUGAACCUAGAACUCAUUGUAGAAGAUAUAAAAACAAUGUAAAAAAGAUGUCAAGAUCCUCAAUGAAUUCCACAUACAAACAAAAAAUACUUUAUGCCCUCACCCAAUGUAAUUUAGAUCUACUAACAAUGAGUACAACAACUGCAGAACCCAACUACUCUGCAAUUCUGGAUUUUCCCUGAGGAAAUCUGCUUCCAUUCUCUUAGUUGUACCUCCCAAAUCAUCUUCAAGGCAACCCCAUAUAGAGUGCAUUGCAUAAUUUGAAUGCAUGAUUAGGGCAUCAUAUAAAACUCAAUAGAUGCUAAAUUGAUCUAAGGCAUCCUUAGCUGAAUAUAAAUCUUACAUCUGAAAUUCAUGUGUUAAAAUUCAUGUACAAUAAAUCUAUCUGUUUUUAUAAUUUAAGCAAAAUACUUAAGGUUAUUCAAUUAUAUCUUUUAUGGUGGGAGUCAGGGAAUGAUAUAAGAAAUCUGUAUUUAUUUACCAUCUCUACCAAGUGACAGGGACAGUUUACAAUACCAUAAAUAAAAGAGUAAGACAAUUGCAGUAUUAAAAUAUUAAAACAUCAAACAUUAAAAGUUAAAAUAUUAAAAUUAAUAUUAAAAUGGACCAAAAGAACCAAUGCAUAGAUGGGGUGGAAAUGUUAUCUUCUAUUAACCUAUGAGCCACCUCCAAAAUCGAUUACCCAUAUUGAGGGACCUGGCCAUUUGUCAAAGCCAGGUUUUCGGGAAAGACCAGAAAAGUGGGAGCAGAUUUCCUCUGGGGAGCCCUAAUAUUCCAAAAGGAGGGAGCUAUGACAGAAAAGGCACUUCAGGAUCCUGCCAGUUGCCAGAAAUCUGUAUGUUUUUAUGUUGCUAUUGCACAAUUAUGCUUUUAAAUGAAUAAUGAAGUUAUUCUGAAAUUUUUUUGCUACCCAGACUAAUAUUACAAUUUAACUGAUAUGGCAAUAAAUACCUAGUAUAUUUCCAAUACAGGAGAUGCACUAUUAUGUACACAUUUAGGAACUUUUAUCUGAAAAAAUGAAUUACUGCAUAUUAUUCAGCACAUUUGCCUGCACAUUUGUUCUUGUUAAAAAGAUAUUUGUCAUGCUUACAUACCCAAUCAGAUAACAAGGCAUAUGAAAAAACAAAAAAGAAUUCACUAUUUAAUUAGAUGGCAUAGAACAUUAUCUGGUGUUAAAUUAGUAAAUCAUUUUCUUGUCUCCCCAUUUUAUCCUUCGUUGUAUGGGUAAUAACCAACAACAUUUAGAGUAUUAAAAAUAACAUUAAAAUAUUCAUUUAAUAAAUGCCAUAAUUAACAAUGGCAGCUUUUCUAAAGAAGAGAGAAAAGAUAAAAGCCGAAUGCAAGAAGGUAUUUUCUAUUAACCAGAAAAACUGACAGCUUAUGCACCGAAGACAAAUUCCUUGUGUGUCCAAUCACACUUGGCCAAUAAAGAAUUCUAUUCUAUUUUCCAGUUUACCAAGAAAAUGAAAAAUGUCUGAAACCAUCAAUGUUUUACAAAAUAACUUCUAUUAAAAGAUUUUGCAAAUAUAAUAAUUACAUUUAAAAAUGUAAAUGUAAAAUGAAAAAGAAAAGAGGCAAAAAAUAAAGGAGAAAAAAUAGAAAAAUGAACAAAAACAUGAAAAGAUUUAUAAAGAAAUUGCUUCUGAUUGCUCUUGGGAGUUAUUAUUCCCUUCUUUUUAUAACCUAUUCUUUCCAUUUACCAAAACCAUAAAUAACAAGUUCAUUUUCAUUGCACAAAAAUUUCAUAAGCUUUCAGACACCAAUAAAUGUCCUUUCUCUAAUCAAAUACAGUUUUUCCAUCUCGACAAAUUUAAUAAUAAAACAUAAACUGAAUUUAUUCGAAAAAGAAAAACUGGCACAAAAAAUUAAGAGUAUAAAACAACAUUUCUUCAGAAACACUAAUAAACCAGGAAGAUGGUUGGCAUACAAAUUAAAAAAAGGAAAAAGAAAAAAAAACAGAUACAAAGUUUGAUAGAUGAGAAAGGUACACUACAGUAUCAAAAUGACAGCAAAAAAAUAAUAAUUCAGAACUACUAUGAAAAUCUGUAUGACCAAAAGGAUCUAUUGGAGGAUAAAAUAAAAUGAUACCUAGAAGAGGCCAGGUUGCCUAAAGUCCUUGAAGAAAUAAGAUCUACAUUAAAUGAAAGGAUAACAAUGUUUGAAUUAACAGAGGCAAUUAAAAGACAGAAUAAUAAUAAUACAUCAGGACCAGAUGGCCAACUGGCAGAAUUCUAUAAACUCCUCCAAGAUUCCCUGGGACUAUUAAUGCUUUUACAAAAAUAAUUCUUUUUAACCAAGACAAUUAAAGAACUUCCUGGGAAGAGCUUGACAAGGAAAUAAAAUAUGUCCUUAAGAAAAUUUCAUCAAAUGGCUCUUUUUAUGGGUAUUCAAUGUAUUGCAGCAGGUGCUUUUACAUACUACUAUGUACAAAGAGUUUUCUCUAGAACAAAAUACUAUCAGGAUGCUCUUAAGCACCUUCAAGCAGACCCCAUAGCCCUAGAAGCACUUGGUGCUCCCCCUCUGAAAGUUCACUACAUCAGCUUGAGAGACAAGAGCAACCGCGUUGAUAAGUCAACAGCCCAGGUAAAAAUACCAGUAUCUGGAAAAAAGUCAGGUGGUUAUCUUCAUGUUAAUUCAGAAAUGGAUUUUUCCCUCAACAGUUGGAGUCUACAGGAAGUGACGCUACAGCUCUGCAAUGGCCACAGAAUUCCAGUGUAUGUUUCUUCUAUGAAGACUAUUUCUGGAUAAAAUAUGUAAUAUAUAGAACUGAAUUAUUACUACUUGUAUUAGUAUAUUCAAAUUCAAUAAACAUUCUUACGGACAUCCAGAAUAUAUGAACCAUUUAUUUAUUAUUUAAAGUGUAAUUGCCUUCAUGACUACUCUGAGUAGUUUACAGUUAGAAAUGUAAAAGAAAUGCAAAAUAAAAUUACAGAGAGAGAAGAAUGUAGCUGAACAGAGGACAGAAUUAAAAGAAAUCCAUAUAUAGUGUACCGAUCUCCUAAAUAUGUAAAGUUAGACAGUAAAACCUGUCUUACUCAGAGAGAGUUCUAUAGGCAGACCCAUAAUUAUUUAUGUAACAAAUUGAUAUUGCUGUCCAUCUCACCAAAUAUAACUCUGGGCAGCAUAAAAACAACAGUUAAAAUGUCACAUUAAAAAUUUUAAAUAAAACCAAGAUUGCAGAAGAAUAUCCAUCUAAAUAUAGUGUAACUAUUGUGCAGGCUGGCUAUGGGAUCCCCAGGGUUAUUGGAAAAAAUAUAUUUUCUGAAAGUUUAGCAGUAAAGGGCUCAUUUCACCUUGUGGAGAGAUGAUGUUCUAGAGGACUGGAUCAUAGCAGAAAAGGCAUGCUGUCUGGGUCUCAUCAGAAUAAACUAUUUAGCAGCUGAGACCCACAGCAUAUCCCUGUUGCUAGACUUCUUGAAUUGGGUAGAUAUGUUUGUGAAGAGAUGGCAGGAGGUUUGGAUUUUCAGAUUUGUUUA